CUAUCUUAUCCUAUUCUAAAAAUUCAGUGCUUCAACAUUUUUCUCCCUGACAUAUUGUUUAUUAUUAGUUUCAUAAAAAAAAUUAUAAAAAUUUUCUCCAUUUUCUUGUUCUUAAAGCUUGUGUACUAUCAUAGGCAAAUACAAGACUGCGUAUACAUCAAUGUCUUCGGACUUUACUCGUAGAAUUACAUUUACGACAGAAUAAAGUUGUGCAUAUCGUACCACUUGUGAGAUUACUCCGGGUAAUUUCUCUUUUGUAUUGAUCGGAACAGAAUUUAGGCGAUUUCGAUGGCGGAUUCGGAUAAUGAAUCAGGAGGACAUAGAGAUAACAGUAACAUUGAGAGUUCCCUAAGAGAACAAGACAGGUUCCUUCCCAUAGCAAAUGUAAGCAGAAUCAUGAAGAAAGCUUUACCAGCUAACGCGAAAAUCUCAAAAGAUGCUAAGGAGGUAGUUCAAGAAUGUGUUUCUGAAUUCAUAAGUUUCAUCACAGGGGAAGCAUCAGAUAAGUGUCAAAGAGAAAAGAGAAAGACAAUCAAUGGUGAUGAUCUGUUGUGGGCAAUGACAACUCUUGGUUUUGAAGAAUACAUUGAGCCACUCAAGAUUUAUUUGCAGAGGUUUAGGGAUUUGGAAGGGCAAAAAAGUGGUGUCUCUGGAGAGAAGGAUCAUAGUGGAUCAGUGGGUUAUGUUGAGGACUACCAUGGCAUGAUGAUGAUGGGGAGUCAACAUCAUCAAGGACACGGGUAUGGCACCGGUGUAUACAAUCAUCAUACGGGGGAGAAUGCUGCAGGGGUUGGUACAGGAGGGUCGCGGUUUCCUGACGUUGGGAGGCAAAGGUGAAGCUGUGACAUCCGCGGACUACAAAGAUGUAUCAGGACGCGAUGUAUCAACUGUCAACAGGUUGAAGUAUGGACACUGAAAGACAGGAACAGACUUUGUAGUUUGUAUUCUACAGAGAUGUAAAUUGGUAAACAUGUGUGUACAUUACAAUGUGGGUGUAAACAUGGAUUGUAAUUGUCUAUUACAUCAUUGUUUCUCUAAUAGUUGAUGUUUGAAUAAGCCUUUUUUAGUGUAACAAACGAUUUACAUUGUCAUA